AUGGCUGACCGGGCUACCCUCAUCAUCGGCCUGCUAUGGGCCCUCACCAUCAUUGCCGUUAUUGUCGUCGCGACUCGCUUCGCCGUGCAACACAAGUUCGGAGGGCUCUUUGCGGAGGACUGGCUGAUGCUGGCGGCAAUGGUCAUGCAGCUCAUCGACAUGGGCUUCCUCUCUAAAUCUUCAUCCUGGGGCCUGGGGAAACACGAUCGAGAUAUGACGCCCGAACAACUCAUCAACGCCGGCAAAUGGGCCUGGCUCUACAUGAUCCCCGGUUGCUUUGUCGCCGUGUUGGCGCGCGUAUCUGGUGGCGUCUUCCUCAUCCGCCUGUUUGGAAUCCACGAGUGGCUCAAGCGCUACCUCAUCGUCUUCACCGUGCUACAGGCCAUAGGCGGUAUGCUGGUGCUUCUGACGAACUUUCUAGCCAUUACGCCCAUCGAGGCCUUGUGGGAUCCGACUAUCACGGACAAGAGGGCCCGAUACAGCCCUCAAGUGGCUUCCAUUACCGCCUACACUACGCAAUCCCUCUUCACCAUGGCAGACCUGACCUACGUCCUAUUCCCGUCCAUAAUAAUCUGGAACCUACACCUAAACAUCAAGAAGAAAAUCGGUAUCAUCCUGCUCAUGUGUACUUCGCUCAUUACUAUGGCCGUGUCUAUUAUGAAGGCUAUCACCCUCGCCAAGGUCUCAGGCGUCGCCGAGCCCGCCUACAUGAGCAGCCUGUCUGCCCUCUGGGCUGGCCUCGAGCAAACGCUUGUCAUCAUCAUGGCCUCUGUGCCCGCCCUCUCAGCCAUCACCAAGCUCAACCUGGGCUUCCGUCGCAUGACCUCGUCGAUCGCCAAGUCCCUCAAUCUUUCGGGUGGCCGCACCGGCAAUGACAGCAAGGGUAGCAAGUUUACGGAUUCGUCCGCCGGAAGUAUGGCUGGUAUGAAGCCUGCCCGCUAUCAGGACCUGGAGAAAAACUCGUUCGGCUCCCACAACAACCGCCGCAGCAACCAGGUCACAGGAAGCCCUUUUGGCACCACUGUGGCUUACUAUGAUGAGAGCAACGAGAUGGUCCCGCUCAAGUCAGCAGCACCGGUGCGUGUCCGACGCACGGAUGAAUACACUGUGGAAUACGAUCCCCGUUCGUAG